AUGUUCUUGCGGGCUUCUUCCGCCUCUCUGCGCCUGAGCUCCUGGCUUGGCCGUAGAGAUCGGCCAAAAACUGAUCCCCGCCGCUUGAUACCUGCAAUCGUUGGGGUCAUUGGGGGCUGUGUUCUGUUCUACCUUUUUGCGCUACCCCAGCUCAUUAAGUUUCGGUUUCGGUCCGGGUUGAGCUGGUAUGAUCUUGGACUAUAUGGAUUUGGACCAUCACAAGGCUAUUUCUCUUUCGACGAGGAGUCGCCAGUUGUUGAAAUCUCCCCGUCUGGUGCGCAAUGCGAUCCACGGUAUACCUUCCUUGCGCCACGAGGUGACUCCGUGGCACACCCGGGACCCAUGAUAUUGGAUGCUCACGGAGGGCUCGUCUGGAUGAAAUAUAACUGGGGGACAACCCAGGACUUCAGAGUUCAACAAUACAAGGGCCAAGACUAUGUGACAUUCUGGCAGGGUGACGAGGAGGACGGACAUGGUCGUGGAUCAUGGUAUAUGGUAGGGCCGAUUUUGCGCUUUUCUCGACCACGGAGACGGCUAAUUAUUGACAUUUUGUGGCAGCUGGACUCGACCUAUACUACGAAAUUCAUUGUUUCUCCUGUUGGUGCCCUGGAUGGUGAUCUCCAUGAGUUUCAUAUUACUGUCAACGAUACUGCCCUCGUCACGAUCUACGAACCUAUACCAGCCGACUUGACAAGUGUGGGAGGCCCUGAACUUGGAUGGCUCUAUGAAGGCGUAUUUCAGGAAAUUGACAUUUCGACGGGACAGCUUCUGUUUGAGUGGCGCUCUUCUCAGUUCUUCUCACCAAAUAGCAGCUACGAGCCACUCGAUGAUCGGGGUUAUGAGCGGACCCGGGGUUACGACUACUUCCAUAUGAACAGUGUGGACAAGAACGACCAGGGCCAUUACUUGGUUUCCGGUCGGCAUACCCACUCUGUCACUUGUAUAGAUGGAUCCACUGGCGAGUUACUCUGGACCCUGGGUGGAAAAGACAACGAGUUCUCGGAUGCAUCGAACGGGGCUGCUACACAAUUCGAGUGGCAGCAUGAUGCCCGCUGGCAUGGCCCAAACCAGAUAACUCUGUUCAACAAUGCCGCCAACGGCGAUUAUGACCUCAAUAAAACAAGCUAUGGCGCCCUGAUUGAGCUAGAUAUCCCUGCUCGACGGGCGACAUUGCGGACGAGCUACAACCAUCCCCAGGAGCUGAUGGCGACAUCGCAAGGCAAUCUACAGGUCCUAGACACGGGAAAUGUGCUGGUUGGCUGGGGUCACAGUGCUGCAUAUACCGAGUUUUCCCACAAGGGAGAUGUCUUAUGCGAUGUCCACUUUGGCGCUUCGGCGUACUACUCCUUCGGCCGGAUUGUUUCGUAUCGCGUGUACAAGGGCAGCUGGCUCGGCACCCCGAACACCUUGCCUGAUGCAGCGAUUGCCGGUGAUAGUGUGUUUGUGAGCUGGAAUGGUGCGACCGAGGUUGCGUCUUGGCAACUUGAAGCUUGGGAUGGUAUAGGCCUGGAAAAUAUGACGUUCGCGAUGACUGAUCGAGUUGACCGGACUGGCUUUGAAACCGAGAUUCCUUUGCCACCGGAUAUUACCUCGUACUUCCGGGUGUGUGCCGUCAAUGCCGAUGGAGAUAUCCUGGGUACAACAGACAUCUUGAAGCGCAGUUCUCAAUCAUCCAGAAGAAACUUCCUCACAAUCCACUGGGGUGUGCUCCUCAUUGCGAUUUUUGCGUCGGGUUGUCUGGUGGGUGGCUUGUAUUGUGCUGUGCAUCGACAUUCGCGACGUCGUCGGUCUGAUGCCAAUGGGCCCUACCAGCUGAUUGCACACAAGGACGAUGAUGAAAAUGAUACGGAACAUGCUCGUUUGCCAAUUUAG